AUGAGGUUGAUUAUGAUUAUCCUGGUUCUGGCAUUAUGUCUUGCUGACGGAGCUGAAAUUAAGGAGACAGGGAUGACUGAAGCGAGGGGCAAGGGGAAGAAGUAUGCUUUGCUGAUUCCCUUUUUUUAUGCUGCAGCGAGUAAGUUAUUCAUAUUGAAAAUCGUGUACGGGGGAAUACUUUUCGCUGUUGUCUACAAAGCUUGGCAUAUACUACUCUGGCUACUCAAAUAUCUAAAGGAAAAUAAACAUCACCACGUCGAGUAUGAGCCGGUUUUUGCUCAUGAUCAUUAUGGGCACGAAUUUGCCCAUGAACACUUUGAUCCAUAUGAACAGCCUGUUUAUGGAAGAAAGGAAUAUUUACAAAACCAAGUCUAUGAUGCUGAUGGAUCCUAUUCUGUACAGAUUUAG